GCAGGCAAGAUCUCCUUCGUCAUGAACUAGUCAUACUUUGGUUUACCCUUUCUUCCAAUCUCAUAUUCUACGAAUCUUUUCUCUCUUACCUGUAAUCGCCGUCGGAGACUUAGAGAUCGCCGGAUAUCCCUUGCCGGAGAGAGGAGAUCUAGGUAUUGGAAUGCGAUUUCCUUUCAAUUUAUAAACAUCAGCUGCAGAAAGAUAUCAAGUAAAGAUGGUGAAGCUGACAUUGAUUGCUCGCGUUACUGAUGGGCUUCCGCUGGCUGAGGGAUUGGAUGAUGGUCGUGGUUUGCAAGAUGCUGAGUUCUACAAGCAGCAAAUUAAAGCUUUGUUCAAAAACCUCUCAAGGGGUCAAAAUGAAGCAUCGAGAAUGUCUAUUGAAACUGGACCUUAUAUCUUUCACUACAUUAUUGAAGGGCGUGUUUGUUAUUUGACAAUGUGCGAUCGAUCAUAUCCAAAGAAACUUGCCUUUCAGUACCUGGAAGACCUUAAGAAUGAGUUUGAGCGUGUAAAUGGAAGUCAGAUCGAAACUGCAGCUAGGCCUUAUGCUUUUAUAAAAUUUGAUACAUUCAUACAAAAAACAAAGAAAUUGUACCAGGACACACAAACUCAGAGAAAUAUUUCAAAACUGAAUGAUGAACUCUAUGAAGUCCACCAAAUCAUGACUCGCAAUGUACAGGAAGUCCUUGGCGUGGGCGAAAAGUUGGACCAGGUUAGUCAAAUGUCUAGCCGCUUAACAUCGGAAUCUCGCAUAUAUGCUGAUAAGGCCAAAGAUCUCAAUCGCCAGGCUCUAAUCCGAAAAUGGGCUCCUGUUGCUGUGGUUAUUGGUAUUGUGUUCCUCCUAUUUUGGGUUAGAAGAAAAUUCUGGUGAUCAUCAUCCCUUUUUUAGGCUGCAGUUUUGGCUCUGUUCCAGUUUUGCACAUAAUCUGUUCUCCAGGAUGUGCAUUAUUAUUAUUAACUUAAUAUACUCUUAUGACGACAAUGAUCAUGUUUAUAUUAGACACCUCUGUUUAUUAUUUACGAUAUUGAGCAGUUUUUGAA